UGGCGGAGAUUGCACCGGAAGACGCUUCCUGGGUUUGAGGAGUUCAGUGACUGCUAUUGAACCACCAAAAGUCCAUUAUGAAACUGUGCUCUGUAGCAGUGUGUACAAAAAUGGAUACAUUUCCCCCAAGACAUCCUCCUAUUUGGAUAGUUCAGAAUAUCAACUACUGAUAUGGUUGGAUCUGUGUUCUCCACGCAAAUCUCAUCUUGUAGCUCCCAUAAUCCCCACGUGUUGUGGGAGGGAUUGGUGGGAGAUGGUUGAAUCAUGGGGGCGGGUCUUUCCUGAGCUGUUCUCAUGAUAGCGAAUGUGUCUCACAAGAUCUGAUGGUUUUAAAAAAAGGGAGUCUCCCUGCACAAGCUCUCUCUUUGCCUGCUGACAUCCAUGUAAGAUGUGACUUGCUCCUCCCUGCCUUAUGUAAUGAUUGUGAGACCUUCCCAGCCACGUGGAACUUCUCAUAACCCUCAGUAGAUGAUAUGCUGCUUGGUGACAGAGGAAGAAAACUGGAAUUGCACAAAGAGCAUCGCUGGAGGCCACAGGGUCUGGGCCCUUUGCAAGCGCCUCCUGUACAAGUGUGUGAACCUCAGGCAGCCACUCUGUGCUCCCGUGCACUCAGUUGACCCAUGUAUUGCCUGUCAGGGCACCCAACCUUACCAUGCAAUGUGCUCAAAUUCAAAUCAACCACCAUUAUGUUGGACUGCGGACUGGACAUGACUUCUACCCUCAAUUUCCUUCCUUUGCCACUUGUUCAAAGUCCCAGGCUGUCAAAUCUUCCCGGCUGGUCCCUGAAGGAUGGAAAUGCUUUCUUGGACAAGGAGCUAAAGGAGUGCUCGGGUCAUGUAUUUGUGGAUUCUGUGCCGGAAUUCUGUUUACCAGAGACGGAGCUAAUAGAUCUGUCUACAGUAGAUGUGAUUCUCAUCUCUAACUAUCACUGUAUGAUGGCGCUGCCAUACAUCACCGAGCACACCGGCUUCACAGGCACAGUGUAUGCCACGGAACCCACCGUCCAGAUCGGCAGGCUUCUCAUGGAAGAGCUGGUGAAUUUCAUUGAAAGAGUGCCAAAGGCUCAGUCUGCCUCCUUGUGGAAGAAUAAGGACAUUCAGAGGCUGUUACCUUCUCCUCUCAAGGAUGCAGUGGAAGUCUCAACCUGGAGAAGAUGCUAUACAAUGCAAGAGGUGAACUCUGCCCUUAGUAAAAUCCAGCUGGUGGGAUAUUCUCAGAAAAUUGAGCUUUUUGGUGCGGUCCAGGUGACUCCUCUGAGCUCUGGCUAUGCCCUUGGGAGCUCCAACUGGAUCAUCCAGUCUCAUUACGAGAAAGUGUCUUAUGUCUCUGGAUCCUCCUUGCUUACCACACACCCCCAGCCCAUGGACCAAGCUUCUCUCAAAAACAGCGAUGUUCUUGUUCUGACAGGGCUUACCCAGAUCCCUACUGCAAACCCAGAUGGAAUGGUGGGGGAGUUCUGCAGCAACCUAGCUCUGACAGUCCGGAAUGGAGGAAACGUGUUGGUUCCCUGCUACCCUUCUGGAGUGAUCUAUGACCUCCUGGAGUGCCUAUAUCAGUACAUCGACUCAGCCGGGCUCUCCAGCGUCCCCCUCUACUUCAUCUCCCCUGUGGCCAACAGUUCACUGGAGUUUUCCCAGAUCUUUGCUGAGUGGCUUUGUCACAACAAACAGAGUAAGGUGUAUCUUCCAGAACCACCUUUUCCUCAUGCAGAGCUCAUUCAGACCAAUAAGCUGAAGCACUACCCCAGCAUCCACGGAGACUUCAGCAACGACUUUAGACAGCCCUGUGUGGUGUUCACCGGGCACCCUUCCCUCCGCUUCGGGGACGUGGUCCACUUCAUGGAGCUCUGGGGAAAAUCUAGUCUCAAUACCGUCAUAUUCACGGAACCAGACUUCUCCUACCUGGAAGCCCUGGCUCCUUACCAGCCGCUGGCCAUGAAAUGCAUCUACUGCCCCAUCGACACCCGGCUGAACUUCAUCCAGGUGUCAAAGCUGCUUAAAGAAGUGCAGCCCCUGCACGUGGUGUGUCCUGAGCAGUACACUCAGCCGCCCCCAGCCCAGUCCCACAGGAUGGACCUCAUGAUCGACUGCCAGCCCCCCGCCAUGUCCUAUCGGCGGGCUGAGGUUCUCGCCCUGCCCUUCAAACGUCGGUACGAGAAGAUCGAGAUCAUGCCAGAGCUCGCAGAUUCACUGGUGCCCAUGGAGAUCAAGCCUGGCAUCUCCUUGGCAACUGUCUCGGCCGUGCUGCACACCAAAGAUAACAAGCACUUGCUUCAGCCCCCUCCUCGGCCCGCCCAGCCCACGAGCGGGAAGAAGAGAAAGCGGGUGAGCGAUGACGUACCAGACUGCAAAGUCCUGAAGCCUUUGUUGAGCGGUUCCAUCCCUGUGGAGCAGUUCGUGCAGACCCUGGAGAAGCAUGGCUUCAGUGAUAUUAAGGUGGAGGACACAGCCAAGGGCCAUAUCGUCCUGCUCCAGGAAGCUGAGACGCUCAUCCAGAUUGAAGAAGACUCGACCCAUAUCAUCUGCGACAAUGACGAGAUGCUCAGAGUGCGACUGCGGGACCUUGUCCUCAAAUUCUUACAGAAGUUCUGAGUGGGCCAUCUGAGCCACUUCCCUGAAAUCCUGCAGUCCCUCACUGGCUGCCCUCACAAGCCACCUGAGGAGUGGCAUGAGAGGCCAUUAACCGUGUCUUUGUGGUGUCCUCUGGCUUAAGGAGUGAAGAGGUGGCUCUUGAGGGAAAUGGUCUGGACUUAUUCCCAGCACUGUUUCAGGCAAGAACUUUCCCUUUCAACUUCAGGCUCAUUUUCUUCUCAACUCUGGCUCUCUCAAGGAGCUGGAGGGUGGCAGAAGUGGGACAGGAGAAGUUUUCCAAGAGGUUCAUGGGAGGCGGAGGUGACUGGCUGGCUGUCUUGCAUCAGUCCCAGGCCUCGGGCAGGGGAGCCGGCCUUUGGUUUCGUUUACUUGCCUACAGUGCUGUAUGCAAUAGCAUGAUCCCAAAAUAUGGUAAAGUGAACCCAUCUGUCUGCAUUUUCUACUCUGAGUCCAUUUGUUAAUAAAAACUUCUUAUUUUUAUAUAA